GAUGAGGAGAUCACCAUCAACCAUGACAUAGAACAUCUGGAAGAAGCUCACCAUCAGCAGAUUUUCCCAACUUCAGAAUUGAAUCACGCAAAAAUGAAAAGUCAAGCUGCCAACCUCAGAGUGGACCUUGACAACUUCCUGCAUGAAGUCUCGAAUUCAGACCCAACAUUGGCUGAAAAAGAAGAAACCUUGCGCAUAGUUCAUUCAGGUAUUCCCUGGAUCGUCAAACGGGUCAUUCGUCCUGCCAUCACCCAUCACGCAUCAUCAAGCAGAGACGGUGUGGAAACUUUCAAUUUCGUGGAAAAAAGAAUCGUUCAAGAAAACAAACCCUCAUCGACCCCCACGACCACCCCUUCAUCCCCAUCAUCCACCAUCACCAGCUCCACAAUAACAACUACGCCCCAAACUUCAACCAGGACUACCCCAACCUUACCCACUACAACCCCCGCAGAAGAAGACCUUGGGUUUUGCAACAUUGGCAACAUUGAAAGUUCAGAAGAAAUCUUCACAAAUGCUGCUCCUUGUUUAACUUGCAAAGAGAAGAAAAAGCGGAAGAAAAGUUCCCGGAAGUGCAGCAGCCAAAGAAGGAAGCGCCGCAGGAAGAACAGGAAACACCGGAAAUCCAAGAGAAAUAGGCACUUCUAAAUUCGUUUUUUUUUUCCAAAGGAACAUUCUUCACUGACAGUCAAACCCUUCAAAUAUCUUGCAUUAUUUUUCAACCCUCGGUUGGCAAAGAAGUUGGGCCUUUUCUGCAAAAUUUGGUGCCAGUUAAUGAAGCUUUUUUUUAUUUUUAAAAAGCAUACCAGUGCAUCCAGGGCAAAGUGGGGAAAAUCCUAGCAUAUUUUUUAAUUACUGCAGACAAACUUUGCCCAAAAUUCAUUUUUGGGGAAUUAUUAUAUCACAAUCAAUUCUAAUCUUAAUGCGAUGCGAUGUGCAAAAUAUUUCCAAGUUGAAAACUGACGAAUUCAGAAUAAAAUCUUCUCUUCAUUUGAAGGUAUGAAUAUUUUUGUAUGGAAAAAAAAUCAAAUUUGUCUCAAGAAUCCCCUAAUAUUGAUGAGAAUUAGCAAAUAGAUAGAAUUGUUGAAUGCAGGAGGAAAAAACCCAUACAAAAUAAUUGUUUCAGAACCAGUGACGAAUGAAUGAAUGAACAGAACACUUUAUUUGCCGCUUUUCAGCAUUCACAA